AUGUCUUCUUUGAAAGAACAAAGCAUCAAGGUAUGCUGUUCCACGGGAACACCACAUGCCGUUGGUGGCUGCGGUGAAUACUCACCUUGUGGUCGGAUUAUUCAGCUGCCGGAUAAUGGUCCAUCCGCUUAUUUCACUGCCCCGCCGGGUGGUGCUCCCACCAAUAAGAGCGCUCUAGUGGUAAUGUACGACAUUUUCGGUUUGGAUAUUAUACCAACGCGUCGUUUUGUCGACAUACUUGCUGCCAAGACUAACAUGCGUGUGGUGAUGCCGGAUGUGUUUCGUGGAAAACCGUGGCCAAUGGAAAAANGACAGAGACCGCUGGACAUCGUUUCUUCUCACAAAUUUUUGUUGUCAGAGGGACUGGAGAAGUCCGCACCUCUGGGCAUUCUCGGAUUUUGUUGGGGUGGAUUACGGGCAAUGCACGCCUGUUCCGGUGAAACUCGAGCUCAAUCUUUGGGUGAUUGUCGCAUAGCUGCUGGAGUCGUGCUCCACGGAUCAUUUCUAAGCCCGGAAGACGCUGAACAUAUCACCGUUCCGGUGUUUUUUAUGCCCGCGGGGAGUGAUCCAGACCUUGGACCAAUCAAAGCAGUGUUAGAUCGGAAGCCUUUCGGCGCUCAAUGCGGACUCAGACGUUUUGAUGGUGAGGUUCACGGCUUUGCUUCAGCUCGAGGUGACUGGACUGUAGAUCAUACGCGAGAGGCAAUAAUAGAGGCCAUCCAGUUAUCCUCCGAUUUCUUUCUGCGUCAUCUGCCAAAAUAA